CGUGAUCGCCGCUCUCCCACGACACAGAGCCGGAGCUGAGGGGUGGUAGGAGGCUGUAGUCGGCAGGGGAGACACCUUCACCCUCAACAUGUCCUGCAGCCUGCUGCAUUUCUGUUCCUUCCAGGAUCUCGGGAUCGUCCGUGAUAUCCUCUUCCCUCAAGUGAAGGAGCAAUCGAGGAGCGGCGAUAAAGAACACAACUGGGAAGAUGAAGAUUGGGGAGCAUGGGAAGAUGGUGAAUUGAAAGAAACUAGGGAGGAUAAUUCCACAAGUAAGGCUCCCACAUUGUCAUGGCUUCAGGAAUGUGUGAUCUCACUGUCACCAACGAAUGACCUUAUGGUGAUAACAAAAGAUCAGAAAGCUGUCUUUCUAGUGCCAAAAUGGAAGCCUAAUGAAAAGGGUAAAGAUGAAAUGCAGUAUUGUGUUACUUGGAGUGGUAUCCUGAACGUUGAAGAAGGUGAAUGUGUCAGUAGUGCUAUUUGUAUUCCACUAGCAAGCCAGAAAAGAAGCUCCACAGGACGACCAGACUGGACAUGUAUAAUUGUUGGUUUUACAUCUGGAUAUGUACGAUUUUACACUGAGAAUGGGGUUCUCCUUUUAGCACAACUUUUAAAUGAAGACCCAGUCCUGCAAUUGAAGUGUCGGACAUAUGAGAUUCCCAGACAUCCUGGUGUGACAGAACAGCACGAAGAAUUGAGCAUUCUAUAUCCAGCUGCCCUUGUAACAAUUGAUGGAUUCAGUCUCUUCCAGUCUCUUCGUGCCUGUCGAAACCAGGUGGCAAGAGCUGCAGCUUCAGGUGCUGAAAGCAUACAACCACCACCGCUAACUUACAAGAAAUGGGGCCUGCAGGAUGUUGAUAUGAUAGUAGACCAUGCAAGCAUAGGAAUCAUGACACUUUCUCCAUUUGAUCAGUUGAAGACUGCCUCUGUUUUAGGUGGAUUUAAUGCUACUGUGAAAAGCAGCCCACCAGCUAUGUCAGAAUAUGUAACAGUUGGUUCUGGUCCAUUCACCGGUUUCUUCUAUGCUUUGGAGGGUAGCACCCAGCCAUUGCUAUCGCAUGUUGCUUUAGCAGUUGCCAGCAAGCUCACAUCAGCUUUAUUUAAUGCAGCUAGUGGAUGGCUUGGUUGGAAAAGCAAGCAUGACGAAGAACCAGUGCCGAAACAGAAGCCGAAAGUUGAACCUGCAACCCCUCUUGCUGUAAGGUUCGGUAUUCCAGAUUCUCGUCGGCGUGGAGAAAAUAUUUGCCUAUCACCUUGUAAUACCCUGGCAGCUGUAACAGAUGAUUUUGGCCGUGUCACUUUAUUAGAUGUCACAAGAGGUGUAGCAAUACGCAUGUGGAAAGGGUACCGUGAUGCACAGGUAGGCUGGAUCCAGGUGUUAGAAGACCUUCAUGAAAGAGAGGCAGAGAAAAGCAAUUUCUCUCCUUUCAGCAGUCACUCAGGCCUAAGGCGAGUGGCUCAAUUCCUGGUGAUCUAUGCCCCAAGGAGAGGAAUCCUGGAAGUGUGGAGCACCCAGCAAGGUCCAAGAGUCGGGGCGUUUAAUGUAGGAAAACACUGCAGGUUACUGUAUCCAGGAUACAAGAUCAUGGGAUUGAACAAUGUGACCAGCCAGGGUUGGCAACCACAAACCUAUCAAAUUUGUCUGAUUGAUCCAGUAGAUGGUAACGUGAAAACCAUCAAUGUUCCUUUCCAUCUUGCUCUUAGUGAUAAGAAGAGUGAAAGAGCAAAGGAUAUGCAUCUACUGAAGCGGCUAACUGCUUUGUUGAAGGCCAAAGCCACUAAUCCUGAAAAUUUAGAAACUGAAAUAAAGACACAUCUUCUUGAUAUUAAGUAUCCUGCUAUGAAAAAACAGGCCUUAGAAAAAAUGCUGGCAAGUGAAAAUAUCCCAAUAUCUUGCUUAACAAAUUUAAUUCAGGCAUUGUUGGACAACUUAAUGAAUCAAGAUCCUGAAAGUGUGGAUGAAGGAUUGUUGCAAUUUUGUCUCGGCCAGCUGAAACUACUUCACCUUUACACAUGUGUAAGCAAGAUCAACUCUGAGGACCUCGUGCAGGGCGAAGCCAAAACUAGCAAUGACUUGGCUACUUUGCUAAGACUAGAGGAAAGGGAAGUUGCAAAAAUUCAAACACUGCUGGAUAAUUAUAGACAAGGAAAUACCAGAAGUACAGUUCAUUUUGAGGAGGACGCAAACUGUAAGCUACCAAUCCAAACUUUUCUGGAAUAUCUCGAAUUUGAAAAGGAAGUUGUUAAUGUGAAGAAACUGAGUGAAGAUGAGUGUGUGUCUUUGGGUAAUUUCUUUUUCUGGAAAUGUCUUUGUGGGGAAAGCUCCGCAGAGGAAAUGUGCCAUUUGCUGGAGUCUGUGGGGGCCAAGCCUCAACAGUUUUUGUCUUUGCUUCUCAGUAUGUGGCUCUUCAGGGAGAAAGAAAUUCUCAAGAACCAGGAAUCAAUUAACUACCUCCACAUUACGUUAUCUCUCUUAAACAAGAUGAAAGGUGCUAUAGAUACUUCAUGGGACCUUCAGUCAGUGUCUCCAUGGUGGCAACAAAUGCGCACUGCGUGUGCACAGGCAGAGAAUAUUGGAGCUGCAUUGUUAGCUGCACUUGUGGGAAGGAGCGUAGCUAUCAGUACAACAAAUAGCCUGGCUGAAAAAGAUCUGGUAGUUAUGACUUCAGAUGGAAUGACUGAUUCUUGGGAAGCACUGUCUCUUGAUAUGGAACACUGGAAUCUGUUGCUGAGACAGCUUGAGGAUUGCCUUAUAUUACAAACGUUGCUGCACAGCAAAGGGAGCAAACCAUCCAGCACCGCCUAUCAUCAUUCUGAGCCAUUUGCCAGCAUUUCUGUAAAAAAGCUUUUGGAAGGUGGUCGAGGAGUCAUUGCUGAUGGUGUGGCAAAAUGGAUUUUCAAACUGGAUCUUGUUCCAAACAUUCUGAAACAGGCCCAUCAAUCUAAGAGAUUAGAAAAUACAGAUGAACCGAUAGAAGGGGAAAGCAUUCUUUUGAGUGAGAAGUACAAAGAGCUUGGCCUGGAAAGGAUACUCAAAUUGCUUCAGUUGGUUUAUGAACGAUUCCCCUGCAGUCUUGAAUCAGAUGUUCUUCAUGCUCAUUGUUGCUGGGAGUAUGUGGUGCAAUGGAACAAAGAUCCAGAGGAAGGCCGUUUUUUGAGCAUAUCUGUGGACCAUCUGAAAUGCAUUGGCAAUGCUCAUGUUCAACGUGGUAUUGCUAUUAUGAUGUGGAACACCUUUGUUGUAAAGAGACUGUCAGCAGCUGCUUACCUAAUGGAUAAGGUUGGCAAGGCACCAAAAGACAGACUGUGCAGAAGAGAUGUAGGCAUGAGUGAUACUGCUGUGACAUCUUUCUUUGGCUCUUGCUCGCUGCUUCUUCAAACUUUAAUGGAGGCUGAAGUUAGCAGCGAUGAAAUGAAGGAACCAUUCCUAGACAUAGAGGACACCUGGUCAUCUGUGGAGGGUCAAACUUCAAUAGUGGAUCUGGCUCUAGAACAAAGACAUGUCCAUUACCCGUUGGUUCAGCACCACUAUAUUUUGUCCGUCAUUAUGUACGGAAUAAUGCUAUUUGGGAUGAAAUCUGUCAAAGUAUUCAGCCUAUUUGACAGCAAGGGCAAAAAUGCAUUUUUCAAGGAGCUAACAUCAAUCCAGUUGCUGCCAAGUGGUGAUAUGGAUCCUAACAUAGUCUCACUCAGACAGCAGUUCCUAAUGAAAUUAGUCAGUGUUUCAGUGAAAGAACUAAUAGCACCUCCAAAUACUGAGUCUGCUUCUGAACAGCAACCUCAUCGAGAGCAAAAUGAAGACUGGCCAUCAGUGGCAGUGGAGCUGUCUCAGAACCUCCAAGUGAAUGAGGAUGUUAUCCGUCGACAUUAUGUAUGUGAGCUGUAUAAUUAUGGAAUUGACCAGAUUGGUGAAGAGGCCCUUCUCCAGGUGCAUGAUCAAGAGGUCCUGGCAUCCCAAUUGCUUGUGCUGACAGGACAGAGACUUGCAUAUGCUUUACUUCAUACUCAAACUAAGGAAGGCAUGGAACUGCUGGCCAGACUCCCACCAAUGUUGUGUACAUGGCUUAAGGCCAUGGAUCCUCAGGAUCUUCAGAACACAGAUGUGCCAAUUGCAGCAACAGCUAGACUGGUGAGCAAAUUGAUAGAACUCUUACCUGAAAACCAUGGGCAAUACAGCCUUGUGCUGCAUCUGUUAGAAGCAGUUGAAGCCAUAUCCUCCUUGUGACAAGAGUUGGCCAAUUUUUAUUUACAUGGGUCUCCAGAUUUGACCAGAUGUGAAGAGCUUGGAUUUUGAUGUAAAUGAGCCAUUUUCGGUUGCAAAUAAUCAUGUUCUUAAAUGGUUAUUGUUAUAGAUGGUUAGAGUUCUGUUAAGACUCUUCAGUUUCUGUUCUAUUAUGUGUGAUAUUCUAAUGCUCAAAUACAGUUUGCAUGUCCAUGUUUACAAAAAGUGAGCUUUGCUUCAGCUAUAUCAUUUUACUGCUAAAAGAUGGCAUCAGUCUCAGAAGAAACUAUAUUGUGUUGCUGUAGCUACGCAGAUUAGAUGUCAGCUGAAGCAAGUCUGUAUCUCAAGGUAUUAUGUAGUGAGUGAGUUGCAUAGUAUGGGCCAUACAUUUAUGAUUUCUAAUCCCACUGUUGGAGCUGAAAAAGGAUGGAGGAAUUUUGCAAUAUAUUUUUUUCCAGCCGUAAAUAACCCAAACAUCCUAUCAAGAAUAGUGAUGAUGACUAUUUAACAAAGCCUUAUGUCACAAGUUCUAUCACACAAAAACAAAAGGAAAAAAUUGUUUAUUUUGUUAAUGUAAAGACAAACGUUUUUAUUCCCUCAAUUUUUUUGCAUUUGUAUAAGUAACAAAAUGAACAGUGAUCAGACACCAAUAAUGUGUGUACAGUCAGAUACAUUUCCAUACUAAUCAGUGGGCAUAAACCAACUGUAAUAUUGUAAAUUAUUGCUCAUUAACCAAAUAAAAACUCUUCAAUCCA